AUGUUUUUACUUGGUUUUUUACAGGUUAACUUUAACACAGACACACAGACACAGACUUGUCUUGUGAAAUAUUUGUUUCUAGUUCCUACUUUCUUAUAAACGUUUAAAAAGAAACAAUUAAUACCAGUACAGUAAUUACUGAAGAAUUUAUUUAGCAGAUUAUUAGGUCAUAACGGAAUAUGGCUGAGGAAGAGAAACUUGACUGGAUUUAUAAAAGUGCAAACAGUUUAGUUAGCCGUGAAGAAUACUUAUUAGGGAGAAAAGUUGAUAAAACAUUAGAUGAACUUAAUAAAGAAGAAAAAGAAAAGAAAAUCGUCUUACCUACCCCAAAAAAUCACGUUGAACAUGAAUGUAUUCCACCAUCAAUUCGUGAUUUCAAUAAAAUUGUCCAAUCUGAACAGGUUGACUUAUCUGCAAAACUUCAAGAAGAUCCAUUAGUAGCUAUAAGGAAACGAGAAGAAGAAGCAAGAAGAAAAUUUUUACAAAAUCCUGUGCAACUGAAAAAACUACAGGAUGCAUUAAAAGAACAAGAAAAGACAAAGAAGAAUAAAAAGUCACAGAAGGAAAGAGAUUUAGAUCAGAAGCUUAAAGAAAAAUUGAGAUUAUAUGGUAAAUCUCCUGCAAGCAAAAAGGGAAAGACCAAAGUUAAAGAUGAGGCAUUAAAUACAAUCUUAAUGCAUAAAUUUAAUGCAUUAAAGAGCAAGUUAUCAGAUAGUGAUUUAAAUGAUAUUUUGAAUGGGAAAACUAGCAGUAGUAGCAGCAGUGAUAGUAGUAAUGAGUCUGAUAAAGAUAAAAAAGGCAAAAGAAAAAAAUAUAAAUCAUCUAGUGAUUCUGAUGAUAACAGGAAAAAAAUAAAAAUUAAGCCAGAUGAAAGAAAACAAAAAUUAAGAAAUAGAUAUAACAGAAGCAGAGAUAAGUCUACCAGAGAUACUGGAAGAGAAAGGUAUUCUGAAUCAAAGAAGAGAUAUAAGAAGAGGAGCAAGUCAAGAAGUAACUCUAGAAAUAGACACAUAAGAAAAGGCAGAAGAGAUGAUAGUGAUAGUAGUUCAGAAUAUGAAAAAAGUAGACGAAGUGUUCAUGGAAGUAGUAAUAGCAAACAAAAAAAGAAUAGAAGACAUUCAAGUGAAAGUUCUGAAGAUGAGAAGUCAGCUUAUCUUAAGUCAAACAAAAGUAAUGAUGACCUUGAUGAAAAAAUAUUAAGAAAACUUAGAAUGCUUAGAGAUGCUGCUGAAAUCUCUAAUGAAAGAAUGAUUUGUGAUAGAGAUGAAAGUAAUUGUAAAAUACAAAAGAAUGCCAAUUCAUCUGGUUCAGAUAAUGACAACUCAAAAAUAUCAAAUAAGCGACUAUUGUUACCAGAAAAACCUAGUCAUUUAAAAUAUCAAAACGAAUCUAAUGAUAGUUCGAGUUCUGAAAGUUCAAAAGCAUACCAUGAUUCCGAAGAAGACAAAAAAGAAAAAAAGAAUUAUGGUUUAGUAUCCUCAGAUGGAAAAAAACUUGCUUUAAAAAAGAACCAGAAAAGCAACAUCGCUGAAAUCCAGCCAGUUAAAACACAAGUUGUAAAAGUUACAACUGAGAGAAAAAAUGUGAAGAAAUUAACAGAUAAAGAAAAAGAAAAAAUAAGGAAUGAAAUGAUGCAAAAUGCAGAAGUUAGGGAUAGAGAAAGGGAAGAAAAUGUGAGGAAAUAUAGAGAAAAGGAUAAGGCAGAGGAAAGUGUCAGUACAAAAUUCGAUACUGACCUAAUUCAUAAUCAGCUUUUAAAAUCAGCAAAACACUCAUCAAUUGAAGAUAGAAUUAAGUCAAAUUUGAACAAUAUACAAAGAUCCGCGAGACAUAUGGAUUCAAAUUUUUCAAAGAGAUGACGUUAUUAAAGUUUUUCUUAUAUUUUAUAAUAUUGGAAGUGGUACUGCACAAAUUGUUCAUUUCUCAACUAAUGCUAUUUGUCUUUAUUAAGAACAAUUAUGUGACACAUUCAAAGUUAAAUAUAUGAUAUCUGAGUACUUCAGGAGCAACAAUUAACCAACAAUUUUUAAAUAUUAUGU